AUGACACAUGUGCAGGGGGGCACGGAAGUUAUCCAUCUCAUUCGUGAGCAAUUCAGCCAACUUCGUGAACUCUCGAUUGCGGAUAUUGAUACGGCUACACCCCAGGACUCGGUCCAGACAACAUCGGAUGCUGAUUUUUUACCCAAGAUCUCGGCCCGGACACCAUCGGAUGCUGUUUCUUCUGAGUCUCAG